GAGGACGAGUUUGCGCAUGCGCUUUACCAGCACAAGGGAUGUGCCUAGCCUCACAUACACUCUCCGAGUCUCUAGGUGCCGGCCCGCGGGUCUGGGCGAUCUAGUUCACAACGAGGGUCUUGUCUGCUGAUGGCUGAUGCUACAGCCCCUGUUGUGUACGGCACGCUAACACCAGACGAUGCAGUGGACGUGUUGGAGAAGCUACUGCCAGCACAGACCAAGUCCUACGAGCUGGGCCUCAAGUUGAAACUGCAACAACACGUCGUGGAGGCCAUCCAUGAUGCAUAUUCCAGGCCACGCAGUCGCCUUCUCCACGUUAUUAUCGAGUUUACCAACCGAGUAGAGCCCAGACCGACAUGGAGGGUGAUUAUAGAAGCCCUUAAUAGUCGGGUGGUCGACCUAUCAGCGCUAGCUAAGGCGGUAGAAGCAUCUGUUCCUACUCUACCACUAGCCCCUACUCCUUUCACUGCUGUGGUUUCAACCAGUCCACCAGUUAGUCCAAGCCAGAAGAGCAUCGAUCUUAUUCGGUCUGAAAUAGAGAAUCUUGAAGACCAGUUUUUGCACAUCACAUGUGAGACACGAGCAUUACUUUCUUCAAAAGAGAAAAAAGAUACGGAAUUUUUACAGAUUUUUAAAGAUUUUAUUCUAAACUUUCCCGUAGCCAAAAAAGCUAUCCAUGUAAAUUUUUUUUGUAAGAAUGAAGAUGAAAUUCUCCAAGCUAUAAAUAUUCAAAAGUUGUUUGCCAUUCUUGGGCGUUACUGUAACUAUCGAAACUAUGAGAUAAUAGUGCACGUCGUCAAAAGAUAUGGGGACACUAAAUUGAGGACAAGUAUUAAAGUGUAUUGUGAUGCAAUAUAUAAGUUCGAAAUCAGCACUACAGUUGAUGUCUACCUCAAAGCCAUUUCAGCUCUUCCUGAUGGUGAAAUUUGCAGGGGAUUUACUCGAAUGGCUAUGAAAAUCAAAAAGGAAAUUUCUGAAUGUACACUUCACGAAAUUCGACAGCAAAAGGAAGCAAUCGCAGAGAAUGCGUCUGUUCACUCCUACAGCGUGUAUAUUGAGAGCGUCGCUGAAAGUUCAGUUCUGGUCCAAUUGCGGGUUCAUCCUGACUGUGCAGAAAUGGUUUUGGCUGCCGUUACACCCGACUUCACAUACCUGUAUAAUGUUACAGUUCAGAAAAUCCCAGAUAAUGCCACAGGAGUGACGGAAGAGGAUGAUGAUCAGACUGGAGACAGUGGAAUGGGAACUGGAUCUGGUAGUGUUAUGACGGACUUCCUGCCAGGUAUCUAUGAAGCCUUCCACCUGAUUGCAGCAAAAGAAAAAUCUAUGUAUACACCACUUAAAAGAGGUGAAGUAAAAGAAGCUGUAUAUGCAAGUCGCACAUCAAGAGAACGUACUUAUACCUAUGCAAGUGUCACUCAUGCAGCAAACAAAUGUGAAUCAUGUCAUCAACUGAAUCUCAAAAAAUCUGUGUUAGAGAAAGUGGUAAAGGUUCUUGAAUCACCAACGGUACGGGAGAUGGAAUUAGCCCAGCAAGUAAAGAAUAUGCUGCUGGAGAGCAGUUUGCCAAUAGCUGGUGAUGAGGCAACCAGACCAGAUAGGAAAAGGGAGGUGCAGCAACCACCCCCUCUCCCUCCCUCCUACCUUUCCGCCUUCCCUCCCCCCUCCCUCCGCCCCGCCUCCAUUCCAAAGCCCAGGUCCAAGUCUACGGCUCCAGUUUCUUCUGACUCACACACUGUCAAGACAAUAAAGGACUUUGAGUUCCUUGUGGUUCUAGGCAAAGGGACAUAUGCAAAGGUAAUGAUGUGUAAGGAGAAGGCAACAGGAGAGAUACUGGCCAUGAAGAUACUCAAGAAGGGUACGUUAGUGGGCAAAGAUGAGAUCACCCACACUAUAACAGAGAGAAAAGUUCUCCAGAUGACAUCAUCUCAUCCUUUCCUCACGAGUCUCAAGUACUCAUUCCAGACACCUGACCGGUUGUGUUUAGUGACAGAGUACGUACGAGGAGGAGACCUCUUCUACCAUCUGUCCAGAGAUAGAGUAUUCUCAGAGGACCGCACCAGGUUCUAUGGAGCUGAGAUAAUUCUGGGAAUCCAGUACCUCCACAGCAUAGGAGUGGUCUACCGAAACAUGAAGCUGGAGAACCUGAUGUUGGAUGAGAGGGGACACAUCAAGAUCAUAGACUUUGGACUCUGCAAACAAGGAAUCUACUUUGGAGACACCACUAGAACCUUCUGUGGUUCUCCAGAGUACAUGGCUCCUGAAGUGAGUGUGGUCUCUUUUGCCAUCGUGUGAUGAAUAAACUUUGACCCCAGGUGCUAGAAGACAAUCACUAUGGACGGGCAGUGGAUUGGUGGGGAGUGGGUGUGGUUAUGUAUGAGAUGAUGUGUGGGCGAUUCCCAUUUUAUUCCCGAGACCAUGAGGUCCUUUUUGAGCUCAUUUUAGUGGAAGAGGUAAAGUUUCCAGCAAGACUGUCACUGGAGAGCAAGUCUCUACUCGGAGGACUACUUCAGAAAGACCCGAGCAAAAGACUGGGUGGAGGAGAAGGAGAUGCAGAGGAGGUCAAGUCUCACGUGUUCUUCAAGUCCAUCAACUGGGACGAUGUCUACAGCAAGAGGAUCACUCCUCCCUUUGUCCCCAUCAUCAAGUCAGAGACAAGUACUGACUACUUUGAG